AUGUAUGUAACUACCGUGGUAAAGACGUACCAAAUCGGAAUCGUGGAGCCAAAAUCUUAUGAGGCUCUGGAAUCUACUACCGUUAUGUACGCCGAUCAGAUAGUGGGGCCUGAGGUGAAGGGUGUGUGUGGUAUUAGGAUAGGCAUAUCUGCAAGUAUAGCAAGGAGAGAAGAUAAAAAUCUUGCUGGAUCAACUACCAGAAGUGCUCCGAUUGCAGCCUCUUGGCCGACGAACUAUGCCCAAGGUUGCCAGCAACAAGGUAUCACUACUGCUCUGGAGUACCUGCUAUGCACUAUCGACCGACGCAUCAAGAUUGCAAAGCCAGGGAAGGAAGGUACACACAGGCAUGCACUCCACUAUGACCUGCAAAAUCUGGAAACCUCAACAAGCCUGUCAAAGUCUAAUCCCUGCACCAGCCAAUCCGACCUCGUCAGUUUCAAAGGAAUACCCCGCGUUCGGAGGUCUAACUAG